UGAAGACCAUAUAUCCUCUUUCUCACACCAAAAUAGCUUGCAAGCAUUUAUAGCCAUUCUUUACAUAGUAAAAUUUUCCAUUAUGAACAAUGCUUCUCACCUUGAUUUGAUUGGUGAACCCGUAAGUAUUGCGAAAAGUCACGUCUUAAAACAUAAUCGCAGAACCAUAACACAUCUCUCAUUUCUCGUGAGCUAACCAUAACGAUCAAGAAAGAUUUUCUAAAAUUUCAGCAAUCGUGGCGAAGCUAUAUAAAAAAGAAGAGGAGAGCAAAAAGGUAAUGGAGGAGGAAGAAGAGGAGGAAGACGACACAUUUGAGGAUGCCGUGUGCAACAAGACACCAGCGAGAGUCAACACACCUUUGUCUAUAAUCACAGAGGCGUUUGAAAAUCUAGCUGAUCUUCUAAAACCAGACAUAAUCACCGAAGAAGACGGGUUGAGUCUUGAUGCAUUCUGCAAUGCGUGUACACACGUCUCUGUCCUCUUCAGCUGCCUAGGGUUCGCCUUCAAAUUUGCUGAGAUGGAGUACAUCUCCAAAGUUAACGACUUGGUUGAAGCCUCGAAAACAUUAGACACGUUACAGAAUAUUUUGGACCUAGACGUGGAGAAAGAUACGGUGAAAACACCUGGAAGCCGUUCACGUAACCUGAGACGCGUGAGACUAGGGUUAGACCUAAUCCGAGCAAUCUUCGAGAAGUUCUUGAUGACAGAUGAGUACUCUUUGAAAGACGCUGCGACAACAGCUUACACAGAAGUAUGCGCACCGUUUCAUACAUGGGCUGUUAGAACCGCGGUUUACGCGGGAAUGUAUACGCUUCCGACGAGGGAUCAACUUCUGAUACGGCUCGAUGAAACUGAACAAUCUGUUGAGAAGAACAUGAGGAGGUACAUGGAAGCUUCACGUCCCAUCGUAGAGUAUAUUGACAAACUUUACAUUGAAAGGAACAUUAAACUCGACUGGUAACCAUUUUUGUUACUACGUCAGUUUUGUCUUUGUAAAUUACUAUUAUUACUAUUGAUAUUUUUUCGUCUUUGUCUUUGUAAAUUAAAAUGGAGCUUUUGUUUGAAGGCCAAAAACCGAGGGUUUGUCAUUGUCACUUGAUGUAAUACUCACCUUAAUCAAAUCAAAACGUUUUCAAAACUCCUUUUCUCCACUACCAGUUUAUUUCUGAAGU